AUGGAGACGACCCUCCCCCUCCCGUUCUUGGUCAGCGUUGUCGGCCAGGAGGGGCAACCUGCCGCCAGCGAUGGACUCACGCCCCAGGAAGUCUCCCUGCUCGGCGCUGCCUUCGUUGAAACGGCUUCUAAGGAUUGGGUCCGUUUUGGCGCUAGCAGCAAUGUUCACAUGGACGUAACGGGUGUGACUUCGCCCGACGAUGUCGCCGCCCUCCUCGACGGCGGAGUUCGAAAAGCGUUCGUGGCUGCUGAGAACCUCUCCGAAUACACCGAGUUCGGCUCACGCGUUAUUCCCACUGUUUCGACCCUGGAUCUCUCUGCCGCCUCAGAAAACGGACUCUUGAUCAAGGACUUUGACUUGUCAGCUAGCGGUGUCAGCAAAUUCAUCGAGGAGGCUCAAGCCAAGAAGAUCAAGAACCUCUACCUCAAGCCCACACCCGGCACAUCUCUCCAGGCCUUCAUCGAAGUUGCUUCCAAGGCUAGAGCUAUCCCAAUUCUGCCCUCCGCGGGCCUGACGACCAACAAGGAUGACACCCAGAGACUGCUUCUUUCCAAGGUCAUUGCUUCCUACUGGAAAUCUGACCGGGCGGACGGUCUUAUCCCCACCGUGGUUACUGACGACGCCGGAAUUGCGCUGGGUCUUGCUUACACAAGCGAAGAGAGCAUCUUGGAAGCCUUGAGGACACAGACCGGCGUGUACCAGAGCCGGAAACGAGGCCUCUGGGUGAAGGGUCUUACCUCUGGGGAUACCCAGGAGUUGUUGACGAUUGGCCUCGAUUGCGACAACGACACUCUAAAAUUUGUGGUUAUCCAGAAGGGCCGCUUCUGUCACCUGGAGCAGUUCGGAUGCUUUGGAGAACUCACUGGAAUUGCAGCACUUGAGCAAACCCUGAAGUCGAGAAAGGAGUCCGCUCCUGCUGGUUCGUAUACUGCGAGACUGUUCUCCGAUGAGAAGCUUCUCCGAGCGAAGAUCAUGGAGGAGGCCGAGGAGCUUUGUGACGGAAAGACCAAGGAGAACAUUGCUUUCGAAGCAGCGGACCUGAUUUACUUUGCCUUGACAAAGGCUGUUGGCGCUGGCGUUAGCCUGGCUGAUAUCGAGGCCAACCUGGAUGCCAAGAGCCUCAAGGUUAAGAGGAGAGCGGGCAACGCAAAGGGAAAGUGGGCCGAAAAGGAGGGUAUCAAGACUGCCGAGACGGCGCCCGCGAAGCCCGCCCCUGUAGAGAAGCCGGCCGAGGGUCGCAUUACCAUGGAGAGAAUCGACGCAACCAAGACUUCCGAGGCUGAGCUCCAAGAGAAGUUGAAGCGACCCUCGCAGAAGUCGCCUGACACUAUCCUGAAGAUCAUCAAGCCGAUCAUUGAAGAGGUUCGAACUGGUGGCGACAAGGCUGUUCUGUCUUACACUCACAAGUUCGAGAAGGCAACUUCUCUGACCUCCCCUGUGCUCAAGGCUCCAUUCCCCAAGGAGUUGAUGAACCUGGAUCAGGAGACUAUUGAGGCUAUCGACAUCUCCUUUGAGAAUAUUCGCAAGUUCCACGCAGCUCAGAAUGAGGAGAAGACCCUCCAGGUCGAGACUAUGCCUGGCGUUAUAUGCAGCCGCUUCUCGAGGCCUAUCGAGAGAGUCGGCCUGUACAUCCCCGGUGGAACGGCUGUUCUGCCUAGUACAGCUCUGAUGUUGGGUGUGCCCGCUAUGGUGGCUGGCUGUAAGAAGAUUGUCUUGGCCUCGCCUCCACGAGCUGACGGUAGAAUCACACCCGAGAUCGUCUAUGUUGCCCACAAGGUCGGCGCUGAGAGCAUUGUUCUUGCAGGAGGCGCCCAAGCCGUUGCUGCCAUGGCUUAUGGCACCGAAAGCAUCACCAAGGUUGACAAGAUUCUGGGCCCUGGUAAUCAGUUCGUCACGGCAGCCAAGAUGCACGUCAGCAAUGACACCAAUGCUGGCGUUGGCAUUGAUAUGCCUGCCGGCCCAUCAGAAGUCCUUGUGAUUGCCGACAAGGACGCCAACCCUGCCUUUGUUGCUUCGGAUUUGCUCUCCCAGGCUGAGCACGGUGUUGAUAGUCAGGUUAUCCUCCUUGCUAUCGACCUCAACGAGGAACAGCUCCAAGCUAUCGAGGAUGAAGUUCACAAGCAGGCCAUGGCCCUGCCUCGUGUCAAUAUUGUUCGCGGUGCUAUCGCACACUCCGUUACUGUCUUGGUCAAGGACAGGGAUGAGGCGAUGCGCAUCAGCAACGACUAUGCCCCCGAGCACCUUAUUCUGCAGAUCAAGGAUGCUGAGAAGGUAGUGGACCAGGUGAUGAAUGCCGGCAGUGUCUUUGUUGGCCAGUGGACCCCUGAGAGUGUCGGAGACUACUCUGCUGGUGUCAACCAUUCACUACCUACCUAUGGCUUUGCCAAGCAGUACUCUGGUGUUAACCUGGGCUCUUUCCAGAAGCACAUCACUAGCUCUAAUCUGACAGCCGAGGGCUUGAGGAAUGUCGGCAGCGCUGUCAUGCAGCUGGCCAAGGUUGAGGAGCUCGAGGCUCACAGGAGGGCGGUGGAGAUCCGAAUCAACUACCUGAACGGACAGUAG